AUGCAUAAAUUACUACCCAUCGUCGAGGAUAUAGUCAUCCCAGAGUCUCUCUUGCCUGCGGCGUCAACAAUCCCUCAACGGAGUUCAGACUAUCCGCGCUAUUAUUCCGAGGAGCCGACCAGGGAGAUCCAUGUACAGAAGAAACGACAACCGAUCACAGGCAGACAAGUCCAUGAACAACAGCCAGGGAUCGAAAGGAGGAACUGGAGCCAUACGUCGGCGCUUGAGUCUGGCGGAAGCUGGCCUUUACCGACAGUCGUCGAGGAUCCCGUGAUCAGCGAAGCCCCAGAAGGUCAACGAAUUUCAUUCCAUCGACCAGUCUCCCCUAGUCGUCCGGGGCUUGAAAGAAAAGCGACGAAUAGCAGGAUAUCUCGAGUUCCCUUCGAUUUACCGCGACCAUCCAGCUCUACUUUUCCCGAGAGACCUCGGGUCGGUAGUCUGUGGGAGCUUUACGACCGGGCAAAGAUUGCUAGUCUAAAUCUCCAGCGGACAACUUGGGUUCAGUUUCUCUUCGAAUAUGGCGUAUACGCAUUGUUCGUCUCGUUUGUUUACUUCGUACUCAUCGGAGUACCGCUCUGGAAAGGCUCAGUAUACUGGCUGUACUGGGCAAUGAAGAACAAAUUUGUCUUCCAGGGUGGAUGGUCAAUCGCCAUCGGCUACACUUUUGUUCCUUUAUUUUCCCUUUUUGAGAGAGAUGCCCCCGACAAUGAAUACUACCAACAGCGCCGGAUUGGUCGCAGUUCAUCAGACACCGCACUUCUUAUCCCCUGCUUCAAAUCCGCCUCAGUGAUCGCGACCACACUUGAGGCCGCACUUAAGCUCUUCCCGGCGGGUGAUGUGUUCGUCAUCGCGAACGGAGAUUCACCAGUUCCUGUCGACAACACCGAGGAGGUCUGUCGAUCAUACGGGGUUAACCACAUCUGGUCUCCAAUCGGCUCGAAAGUCAUAGCCUUAUUCAUUGGUUGCUACGCUGCAAAAGCAUUCAAGAACGUUCUUUGCAUUGAUGACGACUGCACGCUCCCUUCGAACUUUCCCGUCGUAGCCUCUCGACUCACCAAGCGAGUCCGAUGUAUCGGGUACACGAUUAAAUCGGCCGGCUGUGACUCGCCAGAAACCACCUUCUGCCAGCAGGCUCAGGAUAUGGAGUACAAAAUGUCCGGUCUACAGCGUGCUUUUGCCGGGAAAAUCGGCAGCUCUACAUUCUCCCACGGUGCGAUAUCGUUAUGGGAUCGAGAGUUCCUGAAAGAAUGCUUUCAGGACCAUCCGGGUUUUUCGAUCAGCGAGGACUGGUUUCUCGGGAAUAGCUGUCGUCGCAUGGGUGGCCGCAUCAAGAUGUGUAGCUCCGUGUUCGUGGAGACUGCCACGCCAUCGGCUGUCUUCUAUGUCGGUGGAGAACGUGGACGUGGACGCAGUGGGUUCGGGGAAACGACAGUCUUCAAGCAGCGGUUUUUGCGAUGGAACUUCUUCUUCGCGAAUGGAUUAUACCACAACCUCGCAUAUAUCUUUGGGUCUUGGAAACUGGGUUGGUGGGAGAUCGGUGCGAAAGUGUUUGUUUUCCAAGAGGUCUACGAAACAAUCAUCUACGUCCUCGCACCCUUCGUCCUUCCUGUGUCUCUUCUUGUCCGUCCCGCCUUCUGCGUCACCUUGUUAGGAGGCACAGUAGGCUUGUAUCUCAUCCACGUCCUCAUUUUCAACGAGAUACAUCUCCGACUAAAGAAGGAGCGCAUAAAAUGGACAGUUCUAUUAUUUUACUACAUGCCCUACAAACUCAUAAUUACGCUGAUCAACAUCACAAGCUGUUACUGGUCUUUAUACAAAUACGCUCGAUACUUUGCUCGCCGACAUCCAAAGGUUGUGGAGGAUCAGGCAGCGGUCGAGAUCCUGCUCAAGAUGGAAAUGUCGGUGGAUGAUCGCCCUGGAACCCCUGGGCUGGGCAGGAGUAUGACAGUCAGGACUUUAGGGACGAGGAGCAAGACUGGGAGUGUGAAAUCUUAA